AGCACAAAAAAAUUUACAUGUCAUUUUGUACGAACACUUUGAUAUCUUCGAAGGCGCCCGCCCUUCCCUGUUCCCUUAGUUUUUUUAGUCUUAAAAAACACACAAAAAACGCCGCCGUUAUUCAUUUCAAGAGAGACCGAACUUGCCGGAAAAAAUGUACACCAACUCCCCCCACAUUAACGGCUUUCACGACGGCAGUUCCUCCUCUUCCGAGAAGCGGCCUGGAACCGUUCAGAAGGGCCGCCCUCGCCGGGGAAGAGGUAGCCGUUCAUUCACUGGCGGCGGAAUGAGGGUUUCUGAAGACAAGCAGCCGACGCAAGUGGAGGGACCUCCUUGUACUGACUUCGACAUGGCCUACUUCCAAUCCUACUCCCACGUUGGUAUUCACGAAGAAAUGAUCAAGGAUAGUGUACGGACGGAAACUUAUAGGGCGGCAAUUAUGCAACAUCAGAGUUCUAUUGCUGGCAAAGUUGUAAUGGAUGUUGGCUGUGGCACUGGAAUUCUCUCCAUAUUUUGUGCUCAGGCUGGUGCAAGGCGGGUUUAUGCAGUUGAUGCAAGUGACAUAGCAGUGCAGGCCUCAGAAGUUGUUAAGGCUAACAAUUUAUCGGACACAAUCAUUGUAUUGCAUAGUAGAGUUGAGGAUGUUCAAAUUGAUGAGGGUGUGGAUGUUAUCAUUUCUGAGUGGAUGGGAUAUAUGCUUUUAUACGAGAGCAUGCUUGGAAGUAUAAUUUAUGCUAGAGAUCGGUGGUUAAAACGUGAAGGCCUGAUACUACCAUCAAAUGCAACAUUGUACAUGGCCCCUGUUACUCACAGUGAUAGAUACAGUGCGAGCAUUGAUUUCUGGCGCAGUGUAUAUGGAAUUGAUAUGUCAGCGAUGUUGCCAUUAGCAAAACAGUGCGCUUUUGAAGAGCCAUCAAUUGAGACAAUAUCAGGAGAGAAUGUUUUGACAUGGCCGGAAAUGGUAAAACAUAUAGACUGCUAUACAGUUUCAAUUAGCGAGCUUGAGUCUGUCACAAAAAGUUACAAGUUCAAGUCAAUGAUGCGAGCUCCCUUGCAUGGUUUUGCAUUUUGGUUUGAUGUGGAGUUUUAUGGGCCUGGUACUGCCAUGCAUGGUCUAAUUCCAUCGAAUCCUGAUGAUAAUCAAGUGAAUGAUGGCAGCCAGAGGAAGAAGCGUGCAAAUCCCAAUGACGCACUCGUACUGUCCACUGCACCUGAGGACCCUCCAACUCAUUGGCAACAGACCAUAGUCUACUUCUAUGACCCAUUAGAGGUUGAACAAGACCAACUAAUUGAAGGUUCUGUUACUCUAUCACAAAGCAGAGAAAACCGUCGCUUCAUGAAUAUUCGCCUCGAAUAUGUUUCUGGUGGGCGGUCCUUUGUAAAAGAGUCGGUGAUGAGAAAUUGAAGCGUCUUGAAGCUGCUGGUUGGCUGAUUGCGUACCAAAAGCCUAAAAGACAGUUGACUCUUGAUCGUGUUUGUGCUUUGCAAUUGCUUGAUUGGCCUUCUUCACAUUGUCAUCUCUCCUUUGGGAAAGAUAUGUAGGCUGAGAUUGAUUGAUACAACUCCAUGAAGAAUUCUUUUAUUGUAAUGUUACUCUACUUUGAGAUUACAACUAUAGGACUUAGCCUUUUGAUGAUUAUGAUUCAAUUUUUCGAUUGUGUAAAAGUAGAACUCCCAAACUAGAAGAAUGAUGGCUUCUCUCUCAUCAUCUCUUCAUGACUCUCAAUACCUUCAUCCUUCUUGUACUAACAUUUUAAUGCCUCAAUUAUGACCUGUUAUAUGAUAGUCGAAACCAAUGAAGUAUUAACUUUGUGAA